AUGAGUCUGGACGCGUCUGUCUUACGUGACUGUAUAGACGCACUCAACAAAUGGGAUUAUGACAAUGUUCGUGAAGGUUCUAUGUAUUACAGUGAUCUGAUCAAAAGUCAACAAUUAUUAAGUGAUAGAUCGCGGAUAAUAUUUGAAACAUACUUGCAGGACAGUCAACUCCGCCCAAUACUAAGUCCAGCUUUACUACGUGUUAUAAUUUUGGUUGUCUGCCAUUUCAAACGAACAUAUUUGUGCCAAAAUGAGGACAAAUUUUUUCCAUCUUAUAUACCGCAAUUGCCAAGUGAUACGCAUAUCUUCAACAUUCAACAAGAAAUAAAGAACGCAUACUAUUUUCUAUUAGCUGCUAUUCAUAUAGAAUUAAAUAGUUCAAUGGUAAAUAAGAUUCGAUUUUAUUAUAGGAUGAAAUAUGAUGAAAAAGCAACAUUAUUGACACUCUAUGAAACAAUGUUCGCUCAAGAACCAUGUUUGACAGCCGAACAGUUUUUUAGACGAUUAGAAGACUGUUAUUAUUUAAAAACAUAUUUAUGUAAAAUUUAUUCCAUAAUCGAAGGAUUCAAUCACUUCAUUAAAAAAUAUCAAAAUUUUCUCGUCCAAUAUGACUAUGAAAGAAUCAGUCUCUCAGAAAAUCGUGUAGAGCAUGUAAAGGAAACAAGUUCAGUUAAGACAUGUACAAAUGCUCCACUAUGUGGUCUAUGUGUGAUAAUUAAUAUUUCCAAUAUUAAUUCAAUUGAAUACGCGACACCUAUACGUUCGGGAUCAGACAAAGAUCGACAAAUACUAAAAUCAAUUUUCAGUGAAAUGAAUUUUCCAACGAUAAUAUGUAAAACAGAUUGUACAAAAGAUGGUUUAGAAAGAGUAUUAGACGAUGUUAGACAUAAUUCAAUCUAUAGUGAAUAUGAUUGUUUAGUCAUCGCUCUCAUGUCACAUGGAAUGAGAAAUAUAUUGCUUACUGCCGAUGGAGAAGUGAUUUGUAUACGCGAUCUUGUUCAAAGUUUUAAUGACGAUAAAAAAACGAUUUGGAAACAGAAACCACGUCUCUUUUUUGUACAAGCCUGUCGUUCACCGGCAGAAGGAACCGUAGUUAUACAUAAGACAUGCAAUAUUGUCUACGACGAUUUAUCUCCAAAUGUGUUGGUCGCAUUUUCUUGUGGCGUAGAACAAUCAUCAAAACGUGCAGGUGCAAUUGGGAGUAUUUAUGUUCAAAUUCUGUGUAUCAUGAUUUAUCUUUAUGGAUAUAGAUAUCCUAUACACAAAAUCCUUGACUUUAUUUCAUCUUAUCUUAGACAUGCUGAUAAAACGUUGAAAGACAAUGCGGUUGAUCAAAAACUCUGGUUCGCUCAACAACCACAAUAUAUUAAUCGUUUAAAUGAGAAUUUGUAUCUUUCACCACAUAGUUUAGUUGAAAGAGUUCGAGAUUCAAAAGAAUUUAAUCAUCUAGAAUUGAGAAGACCACUACAAGGUUUAUAUCAUCAUGUUAAACAAAAUUUAUUUGAUGAAAUGAUAAACUGUGAUAUGAUGUUGACUACUAGUCCAGACGAUAGUCGAUUACACUGUUCAAACGAUUCUUUUCUUUCGGAAAAUUCGAUGAGUUUCUGA